AUGUCUAAGAUGAUAGCUAUAACCAACCUCCUGCUGCUGGGUGUACUGACAAUGGUGGCUGGACAGGCUCCAGGAGAUGAACAAGAAUUAUGUACAGUAUCUAUACCUGCCUUUGGACAGAACGUUGUGGAGGACCCUCCUAAUGGGAGGAUUCUAAUGGACUCCAGUCACUAUAGCAGGUUGCUCCCACCAAACUCUAAUCCAGUGUGGCAGACAGUGGACCUUGAUGGUAACAACCCUGUUGGGCUGCAAUCAUCUUGGACAGAACAAGGACCUAGCUGUGAGUCUGCUGUCACUGUUUGCGGCUGGUCAGGUGGGGCCCAGAACAACUGGCUCUUCACACAGCACAUCAACAGAACAGUGAAUGGAUAUCCCCUACAGCAAGUCUCUGUACAGAUUGAAUACCAGCAGAGCAUAUGCCCUGAUGAUGGCAGCACAAGAUGCAGGAGAACAUUUGACCUACUGAAAUAUGAGACCUCUACAGUGAAUCCAGUGGCUGCUAUAGACACUGGUAAUUAUGCACUUAUACAAACCUUAACAACUCAGGUCUCAGGAGCUAUCACAACAACCACUGAACAGUUUGGAUUCAAUACCAAUGAGACUGGGUUCUACCUCGCUAUUAGAGAUCCUGGCACUUGUAUACACAUAUCUCGACUGAUUGUCUUCUAUAACACUUGCCCUAGUGAAACAGUCAACUUGGUGGUGCGCCCUGAGACAAUAGCUCCAACAGUGGGGUCUGGCAUACAACUCAACGUUAAUGCCUCCUGCUUCGCUAACUCCAGCCCAGUAGGUGAUGCUUUCUCACUCAUGUGUUUGGAGAGUGGUAACUGGGUUGCUGUACCCUCCAGCAGGUGUGAGUGUGACACUGGGUUUGUUACCACCAUGGACGGAGAAAACUGUUUGUCUUGCGACCCUGGGUUCUAUGCCAGUGUUGCUAAUGGGGAGUGUCUAACAUGUCCUAGCAACAGCAACAGCACAGCCUCAGGUCUGGCAGAGUGUCCCUGUGAUGAUGGCUACUACAGAACACCACAAGAGGUGGACCUUCCCUGCACACUUCCCCCGUCCCCUCCACUCAACGUGAGGGUGGUGGAUAUGUCCAGUACCACACUAACACUAGCCUGGGAGGAGCCAGUGUCCACUGGUGGUAGGGGGAGAGAUGAGCUACGAUAUAACCUCUGGUUUAGUGUUGCUGGGGAGACAAGCAUCACACUAUCUAGUACUGUCACCACCACCAUGGGACUGAUUGAGGGACUAACUCCAGAUACUACGUACACAGUGUUUGUAACAUCAGAGACGAACAUAACAGAUCAGAUCCCCGUGCAGGAGGUGUUCAUUCUAGCCAGAGGAGAUGCACUUGUUCAAACUACUGAUGGGAUUGCAAAUGAACUGAUAGUGGGAGUGACUGUAUCUGUUGUGGCUGUAGUGAUUGCUGCAAUAGCUGUCAUAAGUGUUGUCAUCUGCAUUGCCUGUGUGUAUUACAAGAAGCGUGUGAGGAAUAUGGAGAUUGAGCUCAAGGAAGUGCAUAUGGUGCAACCUAAUCCCUCGUAUGGAGGAGCCACUCAACCUAAUCCCUCGUAUGGAGGAGCCACUCAACCUAAUCCCUCGUAUGGAGGAACCACUCAAUCUAAUCCCUCGUACGGACAAGCUAUUCAACCAAAUGAUUCAAAUUCGGAUGGAGAAUAUGAAUCAAUUAGAGACUAUGAAGUUGUUUAUGACGUUAUUGUUUGAGUAUCUUUGUACUGUAUAAUUUUAUAGCUGUAAUUUGGCCUCUUAUAGUUAUGUGCAUCCUCAU